AUGAUGUAAUAUUUAUUAUUUCCAUAUAUGCUACACAAUAUGUUUGUUUAAUUGUAGGGGUGUAUGGAUCAGAACUUAUGCUGGACGUCAUAAACGUUUAUGGAAGAAGCGUGAAGGAAGGAGAUGUAGAUUGAGACAGCAUGUUUUCUGUAAUGCAACACAGAGUACUAUGUUAGACAAAAUGGUAACAAGUUAUUGGAAAAGGCCGCACUAUUAUGUAGAUGAUCCUUAUAAUCCAUAUCACAAACGCGAAGAGUUUCCAUUCACAAGAACGAAACCAAAAUUAUACUAAUAUAAUAUAACUCGUAUAAACUUUAUUGAAAACAUCUGUAUAUACAAAUAUAAAAUUUAUGCUCCAAUGUAUAGUAGGUUUCCUUGAAAAUAUUUAAUUCUUUAAAACGUCUUUAAAUUACAAAUUAUUCUGUGAAUACACCAAUUUUUUUUUAAUUAGUAUUUAGAAGUUUAAAAAUGUAAUCAUUCAAUAAUUGAUUAAGCAUAUUGUAUAAACUGACAACCUUCGCUCAUUAAAAUCUGAAAUUUGAAAUUAAAACAUUAAGACGCAGGUGUUAUUAACGACUAGGUUUAUUUUGGAAUCUUAGUAGUUGACAAUAAUCAGCAUUAAAUUUUUUAGAAUGAUUAAAAUAAAAUAUUAGUUUGGUGUAGAAAAUAUCAGGCUCAACGAAGUGUUCCUCCAGGUACAAAACUAUUAGUUUUGAAUAAUUGGUACAUUGCAAGAUAGAAAUAUUUAAUAAUUAGCAACUUUUGUUACAACAAUAUUUUACAAAAAUAAAUGUUUUUAAUUUAUAAAAAAUUAUGUCGUGGCUUUUAGACAUAA